AAUCACGAGGCUCAACAAACAAAACCAAAAAAACAGAAAGUUAACCCAAAAUAACCCAAAAAAAAAAAAUGCAAUGAAACGAAAAUCAACGUAACGUGCAGAAUUAUUUAAUCGACGCCAGAGGCCCCCUGGAAACGCCUCAAACAAAGGAAAAACGACAAAAAAAAAAAGCUAUGUGAAGAGGACAAAACUACGUAUAGAAAGUAAUAAUAGAGAACCAAUGUACCUGCAACAAUGAAAUUGAGCAAAUCUUAAACAACAAACCGAAAAACCAAACAAAAAAUCACCAGGAUAAAGAUUACUUUUAAAAAUAUACAAAGACACUCGCUAUAUACCAAAGUGCUAUAGUACAUAUACUCGUAAUCGAUAGGCAAUACAUUAUAUGAUAUAAACGCUACCCACAAACUACCCAUUUAAACCGUAGUUCGUUGACGUUUGUUCGCUGCUGGGAGGAUAACGAUACCGAUAAGGAUAGCGAUAGAGAGUAACCCCCUCCCCCAAUCAAUCGUUGGAUUGGAUCGUAGAGUAAUGGAACUAACCUCGUAGUUUGUAGAGAGACGUGCGUCUCCGCAAGUAGGAAGCAAAUCAAAUACUCGUAGCCGCAACAUUAACGCACUUAACGACUAACUAAAACUACCAAGUAGUUGCCUCUCUUAUAUACAAUAUAUAUAAUAUAUACACCUAAAAAGAUAUAUACAAGAUACCUAGCUGUAGCCGAACAUAUACGCCAAUCUAUAUAUCUACCUAUAUGGAUUUUAUUUUUAUAAAUUCGCUCGGGUGAGCAUCCUCCGAAGUACUCCCACUCCCAGCCACAGCCCCAGACCUCGACCUAGGCCUUUAAAAUUGCAUCUGAAUAAGUAACGAGGUCGAUUAAUGCAUUAAUUGGGUGGCGAAGGACACCACACCGCCACGCCAAGCCGCUCCAAGGAGAGACCACCCGGUCCGGUCCUUGCCCCCGCCCAGCCGCAUCCUCUCUCGCUCGCGUGUCGCUCGUGCUAGUAUCCAAGGAGAGAUACGUGCACACAGACACACAUACACAAUAUAUAUAUAUACAACAUAUAUAAGCAAAACUACCUGCUUUGGGUUUCCUGUGUGGCGCCUGCCUUGACGUAACUUUGGCCGUACAGCUGUAGAGGAGGGAGUAGCACCGAAACGCCUUAACCUGAGUCACUUCCAUCGCCCCACAGAGCGACCGCUACGCCAGAAAGCCAGAAAGCCAAACCUUGCCCGCUGUGCGUUCAUUAAACUUUCAUGACCAAACAUUAAAUUGCAAAGAGCAAAAGGAAGUAGAAGUGGAAGAGGAGAGGAGAUAAGAGGAGGAACCUCUCCCCAUUACCGUUCCAUAGCAUACAUUUCGGAGUAAGGAAACUCAGCCAAAGUGACAACGCUCCAUCAACCCCCCCGGCUCUGUUGUUGUUUGUUUGUGAUAAAUUAUUCACCGAUCCGGAUCCGGAUCUUGAUAACGCCCACCCAAUCCAGCCCAGCCCUUCUUGUUAUUCGGCCCCAGCUCCAGCCAGCUCCAGUUCCAGUUCCAGCUCCAGUUCCAGCCCCACCAUCACCUUAUACACCACCAAAAAAAAAAAAGAAACACAAUAACGAUACCGUAGAGGGAAAACGACAUUUAUAAUCCAAAGUACAAACGAAUAACCCCAAACAACGCUGCAACUCAAACUAAACUAUAAAUAGCAACAUAUGGUAUUAUUAUACAUACAAACCCAGCAGAUAUACCCAAUAGACACAUACCCUCAAGCAAACACCCGCAUAACGAAUAACGAAUCGGAAUCGAAACGAAGCGAAGCGAGGCGAUACGUGUACAACCGAAAGCAAUACAAGCAAGUGCUGUUAACUAUUUUAGGAGCUACCUUUUAGACAUUCAACCUACGUUACUUAACACCCAAGAACCCACCAACCAACCGAACCCCAAACCCCGGAAGGAGGACGACAAGCAGCAGGCAGUACAUGCAAUACAGUGAGAGUGAAACAGAUAGAGUAACACAACGAAAAGCAAUUUAUUUCCACGAUGUGUGACGACCUGUGUUAGUUAAUGCCAAAAAUCGAAACGAAAGUUGCACCCACACUCCACACCCAGACACUAACACUCACUUACCAAAAUCUACACCUACACCAACAACAUGCCCAUCACAGGGUUAAGAAUUGCAUCAGUCAUCGCGGGACGUGCAUUAUAGAACGGAGUACCCCAACAAAAAGCACCAACAACAACAGCAGCCACCACAUCAGGAGUUUAACGGUAACUGUUACGGAUAGAGGACGGCGGAUAGCGGGUAAAAGUCGAAAGCCGAAAGUGGCGAGAGAAGCGGAACUUCACCGUUACUCGAUGUGGUGCUAGUGGUGGCGACGUGACGGCGGCUGUGGUGACAGAAAAUGCACGUGAAACACACUCAGCGCCGAGUCAGCGGUCCUGGAGCAUUCGGAACCUUUACCAACGAUCAACGUGCCAGCCGCGACAACUUGUUCCCCGACGACCAUCAGCAGCAGCAGCAGCAACAGCAGCAGCAGCCUCCGCAGCGGCACUCACACUCGCACCAGCACUUGGUGCGGCAGUCUCUGAGCAGUCUCAGCCACGGCCAGGCGUCAUCCGGAUCCGGGCCAGCGGGGGAUGAGCAGCGGGCCCACCAGCAGCAGCACCAGCAGCAGCAGCACCGCCAUCGCAGCAGCAGCAGCCGGCUAUCGAGCGGCAUCUCGAAGCAGAACUCCAGCGACAGCCGCAGUGGACUGCGCAUCCUCGACAGCCACAGUCCGGUCAGCUGCGGCACGCAGAGCGUGAGCAGCACUGGCGGCCACUCGGCGCUCUACGAUGCCUGCCACGAGUACACGCGCAGCUUGAGUGCAGCUCCAACAGGCGAAACAGGAUCGGGCGCGGAAGCGGGCGGCAUAUCGUUGCUGAAGGGCCACUACAGUGACCAGCAGCUAGCGCAGCCAGAGCCAGAUCCGGAGCGAGACAGAGAUAGAGACCGAGCAGACCGAGAUAGAGAUCGAGAUAGAGAGCGGGAGAGACGCCAUCUGACCAAUCUCAAUCUUAAUCUGAACAGCGAGUACGACUACAGCGGCAGCGACAAGCAGCAGCUGGUGAACGAGACGUACAUCUUCAAGUGCAUCGCCAACAGUCCGUCGUUUCUGCGCACCAACAAGAUCAAGGAGCAGUCCAAGAAGCUGCGCAACCUCUCGCUGAAGACGCGCACGGCCAAGAAGAAGGGCCAGAUCAUCUCCAAGUCGAACGCGGUGUCGGACAACUCGCUGCAUCCGGGCGACAAGUACCUCAACUUGUAUCUGGUGGAGAAGAAGCACUCGCUGCAGCCGCAGGCGACAUCCACAUCGGCGUCCACAUCCACGCCCAAUCCCCACUCAGCAUCAGCCCCGGCCAGCUCAUCCUCAUCUUCCACGGCGACAGCUGCGCGUCCGCAGCAGUCCCAACAGCUUCCAGCCCUAUCCGCGGUUGCCGCACGCCAGCAGCAGCUGCUCCUCAACGGAUCCCUGAAGAGCAAGACGAAGACCUUCCCGGCGUACAGGGCGUCCGUGAAGAGUGAGAGCGAGAGCGAGUAUCGCGGCAGCGGCAGCAACACCAUUCCGACGACGGGAAAGAGUCCGCCGGUGCCGCACUCGCUGGCGGCCAAGAUAAGCAGCGGCAAGAACUGCAAUCUGCUGCAGAACGCCGGCAACAAGCAGCUCAGCGUCAGCAGCAACUCAUGCCACAAGCUGCAUGCCCACGGACACGGACAAGGACACGGACACGGCCAAUACGCGGGAGCACAAGCACACCAUCUGGCCUCAUCGCCCAAGAGCUCGGUGUCGAGCAACGGACACCUGAACAAGUACUGCCUGACAGACCUCACGCGCCGCAAGGCAGAGUUCAAUCGCCAGCUGAGCGCCCCCACGGACUACACGCACCACUCCUCCAGCAACGGGUCCCAGCAGGAGGGCUCCUCCGAGGCGGCCAAUGAGGCUGUGGGCGAGUCGACCAUCACUGUAGCCAGUGCGGGAGUGCUGGGAAACGGCGCCGGCCACGGCUAUCCGUACAUCCAUCAGGCCUCGGCCACUGCGCCGGCCAACCUCAAGGCGUCGCUGCAGCUGCACAACUUCGGUGUCCACCAUCCGUACCCGUAUCCGUCGCGUCCCACGUCCACCUCGUGCACGAACAGCUUCAACCGCCGCCACAUACGACGGCACAAGAGCAAGCUCGGCGACCGUGUGCUGAGCGGCGAUAGUGAGGAAUCGGUGCGCUGCUCAUAUUGCUCCGUCUUGAAUGUGAAUGAGAACGACUUGCGCAUUUCGUUUGAGAACACCUGCACCGACUCGCUGGUCACCGCUUUCGAUGAUGAGGCACUGCUAAUAUGCGACCAAGGAACCGAAAUGGUACACUUUGAUGACGUGUCGUUGUACGGCACUCCGAAAGAGGAGCCGAUGCCGAACAUACCGAUCGUGUCGGAAAAAGUCUCUGCGAAUUUCCUAAAAAGUCAAUUGCAAUCAUGGUUCCAGCCGACGGACAAUCGUCUGGCCAUGAAACUGUUUGGCAGCCGCAAGGCAUUGGUCAAGGAGCGCAUACGUCAGAAAACUUCCGGUCAUUGGGUCAUACAUCCGUGCAGUUCAUUCAGGUUUUACUGGGACCUUUGCAUGCUUUUAUUAUUAGUAGCAAAUCUUAUUAUCCUGCCAGUCGCAAUAUCAUUCUUCAACGAUGAUCUGAGCACACGAUGGAUUGCCUUCAACUGCCUAAGUGAUACUAUUUUUUUAAUAGAUAUUGUAGUCAAUUUUAGAACAGGAAUUAUGCAACAAGACAACGCUGAACAAGUAAUAUUGGAUCCAAAGCUUAUAGCUAAACACUAUUUAAGAACUUGGUUUUUUCUCGAUUUGAUUUCGUCGAUACCGCUAGAUUAUAUAUUUUUAAUUUUCAAUCAAGAUUUCUCUGAUUCUUUUCAAAUUUUGCAUGCCGGACGAGCACUGCGCAUCCUGCGCCUAGCUAAACUACUCUCCCUCGUCCGCCUGCUCCGGCUGUCCCGCCUCGUGCGCUACGUGUCCCAAUGGGAGGAGGUCUAUAUUCUGCAGAAUCUACAGAAAAAAAGUGCUGAUCGCAGAGGGAGAAUGAACAGAAAAGACAAAGAUGGCUUGACAAAAAGCAACCUAAUUCUCAAGUUCCUCAAUAUGGCCUCGGUGUUCAUGAGGAUCUUCAAUUUAAUUUGCAUGAUGCUCUUGAUCGGACACUGGAGCGGUUGCUUGCAGUUCUUAGUGCCAAUGUUGCAGGGUUUUCCAUCAAACUCCUGGGUAUCCAUCAACGAGUUGCAGGAAUCCUACUGGCUGGAGCAGUACUCGUGGGCAUUGUUUAAGGCCAUGUCGCACAUGCUGUGCAUAGGCUACGGCAGAUUUCCACCACAAUCACUGACAGACAUGUGGCUGACGAUGCUGUCGAUGAUAUCCGGCGCCACGUGUUACGCAUUGUUCCUGGGUCAUGCGACCAAUCUCAUCCAGAGCUUGGACUCCAGCAGGCGGCAAUACCGCGAGAAGGUCAAACAGGUGGAGGAGUACAUGGCCUACCGCAAGCUGCCGCGCGACAUGCGACAGCGCAUCACGGAAUACUUCGAGCAUCGGUACCAGGGUAAAUUCUUCGAUGAAGAGUUAAUCCUUGGCGAGUUGAGCGAGAAAUUGCGCGAGGAUGUCAUCAACUACAAUUGCAGAUCCCUCGUGGCGUCAGUGCCUUUUUUUGCUAAUGCCGAUUCGAAUUUCGUUUCUGACGUAGUUACCAAACUGAAAUACGAAGUUUUCCAACCAGGUGAUAUUAUCAUAAAGGAGGGUACGAUCGGUACGAAAAUGUACUUCAUACAGGAGGGCGUGGUGGACAUUGUCAUGGCCAAUGGCGAGGUUGCCACCUCACUAUCGGACGGAUCUUACUUCGGUGAGAUCUGUCUGCUGACCAAUGCGCGUCGUGUGGCCAGCGUGCGAGCCGAAACCUAUUGCAAUCUAUUCUCGUUGAGCGUGGAUCAUUUCAAUUGCGUGCUGGAUCAGUAUCCGCUGAUGCGCAAGACCAUGGAGACUGUGGCCGCCGAGCGGUUGAACAAGAUCGGCAAGAAUCCAAACAUAAUGCACCAAAAGGACGAGCAGCUGAGCAAUCCCGAGUCGAACACUAUUACGGCCGUGGUGAAUGCCCUGGCUGCCGAGGCCGAUGAAUGCAAAGAUGAUGACAUGGAUCUCAAGGAGAAUUUACUGCAUGGGUCAGAGUCGAGCAUUGCUGGGCCGGUGCAAACGAUACGCGAGGGUCUGCCCAGGCCUCGGAGCGGGGAGUUUCGUGCCCUGUUUGAGGGCAACACCCCAUGACACUGAGCCGCGGCGAUGACGAUGAAGAGCGGUGCUGGCGGGCAUCGGGCAUCCAUUUAAAAGGCAGUUUUGCAGGACACACACUCACCCACACCCACACAACACACACACAACUCACACAGACACAUGCGUAUAUAAUAAUUUAGUAAAUGAAACCCCGAGAAGCGAUAAGAAGAGUACACUAAAAAGAAUCAAUUUACGGUAGACACUAUAUAUGCAAUUGCGAUUUAGUAGAAAACAUUAAAAAACGAAAAAAAUCCAAAAAAAAAACAAAACAAUUACACAAAAAUGUCCUCAAUAAUUAUUCAUAAUUUCAGCUCCGCUAACUGUGAUGACUUUAAUAUAAGAAUCGAAAAAAAAAAAAAAAACAAUUACAUACAAAUAUAAAUUAUAUGAUAGAGAAAAACUCAGCAGCAGACAGAUCGGAAUCAGAAUCCGAUUCACACAGAUGCAGCCCCCACACCGCCAUAGAAGAGUUUGCCACACACACAAAACCACACACACACACACACACCCACAUACAAAUACACAGAGAGAGACAUACCUUAUAGGGAAUCUACAUCUAAGUUUUAUGCCCACGAUAUUGUAACGAUUAAGAAGUAAGUAGACUUCUGUGAAUUGCUACACAUAGGCGUUAGUCCUAUGGACCUACUACAGAACAUACACUACAUACACACACACACACACACACACCACUACACCUACAGGGUAACCAGACAGUCGAUAGACAGACAGACUGACCAACAGAUCCACAGACACGCAUCAACUUAUGAUAUAAAGAAGCAAAGAAAAGAGUGGAAGGCAUACCAAAACAUAUUUAUGCGCGUAGCUAUUAUGUACUCGAGCAACCAACAAAACAAACAAACAAAACAAACAAACAAACAA